CCUAUGAAGUCGCCCUGAGUAUAAUGUGCCAGUGUUGAUACAUCAAGUGCCACGGACUCUUACAAAACAUCACAUCAGAUCCUGAAGGUAAACUUGCAUUGCGUGCCCAGAUAUACGAUGAUAUCAUUUCACCGGGUUCCAGAGCGGGGCAAUUGGAGGAACAGAAAAGCAGUAACCACCUCACUCGAAAACUUCGACCCAUGAAUCCCUGGUCUCUUUUCGCCUGAAAAAAAAAGACCCCCUAUUCCCAAACCACCAUGUCGUCUAACUACUCCAUCGCAGACCUUUUACCCCUUCCGAACUCGAAUGUCCGAAUCCCACGCCUUGGGUUUGGCGUCUACCGUUCCCCUACAAAUCAGUGCGUACAGUCCUGCUUGAAUGCUCUGAAGGCGGGAUAUCGACACAUCGACACGGCUCAGUUGUACGGGAACGAGAAAGAGGUCGGAGAGGCGAUUCAAAAGUCCGGUAUUCCCCGCAGCGAGAUCUUCGUCACCACCAAGAUCCUCAGUCCCGGAGGUUCGCCCGAAGCUACGUAUAACAAACUACUUGCCAGUGUUGAGAAAAUCGCGGGGAAAGACGGAUACGUCGAUCUGUUUCUAAUCCAUAGUUCUAAGUCCGGGCCGGCUGGUCGCAAGGAGCUCUGGCAGGCAUUGGAGAAAUUGUUGGCUGAAGGCAAGACAAAGAGCAUCGGAGUUAGCAAUUAUGGCGUACAGCAUAUUGAAGAGAUGAAGGAGUAUGCCAAGGUUUGGCCGCCACAUGUAAACCAACUGGAGCUUCACGCAUUCAGUCAGCAGCGGGUAAUAGACGCGUACUGCAAGAAGCAUGGAAUUGUUGUCGAAGCUUAUUCGCCCAUUGUGCGAAACUAUAAGGCCAAUAACCCGACGUUGGUUGAACUAGGGAAGAAAUAUGGAAAAUCGACCCAACAGAUACUGAUCCGCUAUGCGUUGCAAAAAGAAUGGGUACCACUCCCCAAGUCCGACGACCCAUCACGAAUUGUAUCCAAUGCCAAUGUUUUUGAUUUCAACAUCAGCGAGGAAGACAUGGCCGUAUUGAAUGCCCUUGAUCAGGGAAGCGCAGGAGCUAUCGUGGAAGCUGUUCAGAAUGAGUGA